AUAUACACAUCAUGGUGGGCCCCACGCAAUGGAUUGUAGCUUUAAGUUUAUCCUACAUAGCUUUGUAGUGGAUCUCUCUACUGAUUUUGGUAGUUUCAGGUAGUUAUAUUAGUUACUCCCUUUGGGCCAUUCUCACACUCCUUCAAGCCAUUCAGACAAGAUGGCCAUGGCCCCUGCAAUCCUGUCUGUCCAUCACCACUAUUUCUAUCCUCACAUCAAUGGCCGAAAUGGCCGGAUUUCUCUGCUACCAGCCUUUCCAAGAUCUGGCUUCUCCUCCUCCCUUUCAGCCACUACAGCCCGCCAGGCGAUCCGAACCCAAAUUCCCAAACUCGAAUUUUCGCUCUUCCAGGAGGUAAGCAGUCUCUGUGAAGACGGAAAGCUGAACGAGGCGUUGAUGCUUUUGCAGACUGAAUCUGGGAAUUUCGAUUCAGCGCAGAGGGCUGAUGCCAUUGGCGCUCUUUUACAGGCCUGCGGCCAGAAAAAGGAGCUUGAGAUUGGGCGGCAGGUCCACCAGAUGCUGUCUUCGGUGGCUGAAUUCAGUGGCAAUGUCGUUCUGAACACGCGUCUUAUGACCAUGUAUUCUAUGUGCAACUCGCCUCUGGAUUCCCGCCAUGUUUUUGAUAGCUUGGAGGAUAGGAAUCUGUUCCAGUGGAAUGCGCUGAUCAGUGGGUACACACGAAAUGAGAUGUGGGGCGAGGCGGUAUCUGUAUUCUGUUGGCUGAUUUUGACGACGGACCUCAGACCAGACAAUUUCACUUUGCCGUGUGUUGUAAAAGCUUGUGGCGGUCUUUUGUCCGUCGGCAUGGGGCGGGCUGUGCAUGGGUUUGCCAUGAGGAUGGGGUUGCAUUUGGAUGCUUUUGUUGGCAAUGCAUUGAUUGCUAUGUAUGGGAAGUGCGGGUUUGUCGAUGAGGCUAUACAGAUGUUUGAAACAAUGCCUGAGAGGAAUUUGGUUUCGUGGAAUGCUUUGAUUUGUGGGUUUUCUGAGAAUGGCCUUGUAGAAGAGAGUUUUGAUGCGUUAAGAGAGAUGCUGGCGGUGGAAGGUCUGACACCAGACGUCGCUACAGUGGUGACAGUUUUGCCUGUUUGCUCUGUGGAAGGGGAUUUUGAAAUGGGGAAAUUGGUGCAUGGGUUGGCUGUGAAAUUGGGGCUGAGUCAUGAGCUAAUGGUGAACAAUGCUUUGAUUGAUAUGUAUGCAAAAUGUGGGUUUACAUCUGAAGCUCGAUGUUUGUUCGAAAACGCCGUUCAAAGGAAUGUGGUUUCUUGGAAUGUGAUGAUCAAUGCAUAUUCCAGGGAAGGAGAUGUCUAUGGAACCUUUGAUCUCCUACGCCAAAUGCCAAUGAAGGGUAUGAAGGUGAAUGCUAUAACGGUUUUGAAUGCAUUUCCCGCUUGUUUGCAUCAAUCCGCACUGCUGACACUGAAAGAACUGCAUGGCUGCGCAAUCCGAAACGGGUUUGAAUUAGACGAGUUAGUAGCUAAUGCUCUGAUUGCAGCUUAUGCGAAAUGCGGGUCACUGAGUUAUGCGGAACGUGUUUUCUAUGGCAUGGAGAUCAAGAUGGUGAGCUCUUGGAAUGCGCUCAUUGGUGGAUAUGCACAGAAUGGAGAUCCAAGCAAGGCGAUAGAUUUAUUGCUUGAAAUGACAUCUUUAGGCUUAGAACCUGACUGGUUCAGCAUUGGUAGCAUACUUUUAGCAUGUGCCCGCUUGAAAUCUCCACGAGAUGGCGAAGCGAUUCAUGGGUUUGUAGUGAGAAAUGGGUUGGAAACAGAUUCCUUCAUCAGUAUUUCGCUUCUCUCUUUAUACAUCCAAUGUGGGAAGCCAGUGGUUGCACGGGUGUUGUUCAAUGCGAUGGAGGAGAAAAAUCUGGUUUCUUGGAAUUCCAUGAUUGCCGGUUACUCUCAAAACGAGCAUCCGGAUGAGGCUCUUGAUCUAUUUCGCCAAAUGCAGAAGGAUGGAAUUCGGCCUUAUGAGAUUGCGAUAAUGAGUGUGUUCACAGCCUGUGCACAGUUAUCAGCUUUGCGGCUUGGAAAAGAGACCCACUGCUUUGCACUAAAAGCGAAUCUCACCGAAGAUGCAUUUGUGGGGAGUUCGAUCAUAGACAUGUAUGCAAAGUGCGGUUGCAUAAAGCAAUCUCGUUGGUUCUUCGACAGGCUAAGAGAGAAAGAUGCAGUGUCAUGGACUGUAAUGAUUUCUGGAUAUGGAAUUCAUGGGCGUGGACGAGAGGCUAUAGAACUGUUUGAGAGAAUGCGGAGGGAAGGGUUUAAACCUGAUGGUUAUACGUUCAUUGGAAUUUUAAUGGCAUGCAGCCAUGCGGGGUUGGUCGAAGAGGGCAUGAAGUACUUUGAGGAGAUGCGGAGAGAGCAUGAAGUGGAGACAAGAUUAGAGCACUAUGCAUGUGUGGUAGACAUGCUUGGUAGGGCCGGGCGGUUGGCAGAAGCGGCAAAGCUUGUAGAGGAGAUUCCAGAGGAGCCGGAUGCUGGAAUAUGGGGUGCGUUGCUUGGUGCUUGUAGGAUUCAUGGGGAGGUGAGUCUCGGAGAGAGAGUCGCAUCGAAGUUGUUAGAAUUGGAGCCCAAGAAGGCCGAGAAUUACGUGCUGGUCUCGAAUAUGUUUGCAGGGUCAGGGAAGUGGGAUUAUGUUAGAACAGUGAGAGGGAGAAUGAAGGAGAUGGGACUAAAGAAGGAUGUUGGGUGUAGUUGGAUAGAUGUCGGGGGGAAAGUUUACAAGUUUGUAGUAGGCGACAUUGCUCGCCCGGAGUUAGAGGAGAUACAGAAGAUGUGGAAUGUUUUAGAGGGGAAGAUCCAUAGAAUUGGAUAUGUUGCAGAUACGGGUUCAGUUCUGCAUGAGCUGGAAGAGGAAGAGAAGGUUGAGAUAUUGCGGGGGCAUAGCGAGAAGCUUGCAAUUGCUUUCGGGGUGCUGAAAACAAGCAAGGGAGUGACACUGAGGGUGACGAAGAACCUUCGCAUGUGCAAGGAUUGCCACAAUGCUGCUAAGUUGGUUUCGAAGGUGACUGAGAGGGAGAUCGUGGUGAGAGAUAAUAAGCGUUUCCACCAUUUUAGAGAUGGGUUGUGUUCAUGUGGGGAUUAUUGGUGAGAAAAUAGCAUGCAACAGGGAGUUCUGUUUCUUGAA